CCUAUUCCCCCUCUCUCUCCCCCUUCCUCUCACUCUCCCUCUCACUCAGUGUAUCUAGAGUGUAUUGAUUUCACCGACACUUCCAGAGAACGCCUUCAGUGAUUGACUGCCACCAAUAAAUUGUUGAUUGCUGGAUGAUGAAAAGGCCUCGAGGCUCCAGUAAAUUCCCAGACGGACAUCUCUGAAUGUGACCUCUGGUGUAGACGGUGGGUCACCGUGGUGGGUCACCGUGGUGGGUCACCGUGGUGGGUCGACCUGAGCCUGGUCUAAAGACUGGAAUCCACUUCCUCGAUCGGAUUAAUGUGAUAGAAUCACAGCAACUGACCACAGAACUGACCGCUGACGUUGAAGUUGUCACUGGUAUUCUGGACAGACGUGUCUGGAGGUUGUCAGUCCGGUCCACCCAGUCGGCUGAUCCAUGUCGUUCCUUCCAUCCCUCCGCUCCUGUGCAGCGCUGCUCCAUAGGUUCAGUGAAGCCUCUGCAGCUCACACAUACAGGAAGACGCUGCACCGCACGAGACCGCGCUAUCAUUCCGACAUCCAGUGUGACAGACCCGGAACCGAGGAGGUAAAUACAGUCCCAAACAUCUGAGUUCAGGUCAGAGGAUUACCCUGGAGUCCGUCCCCCGGACGCCGAGCCCCUGGUGCUGACAGAAGGUGACGUCAUGUGCAGGAGGGUGGAGUUAAGAACGGGACAGAACCCACGUGGGCCAUGACGCAGUAGAGGAGAGCUGAAUUUGGGGACUCCUGGUGGCAGCAGUUGGAUGUGCGUCCUGCCCCGGUCACCAUGACGAUGAAAGGCUUGUCCAGCAGCCGCAGCCACCACCACCCGGUGACCUGUGACCCUUCCUACGACUCCGUGACUCUGGGGCACUCGGACCGUCGGCCGUACUUCCUCAGCCAGGGGGAGGUCCGUCCGCCCGACCACAGCUGCUUCACCCAGAGGAACACCUUCCAGACGGAGUGUAACGCCUACCCCGACCUGGCCAGCUGCACCUUCCCCCGCAGACAUUACAGCUCCCACCAUGAGCUGAAGGAGGAGUGUGGUGCUCUGGUGCCUUACACGGGGCCACCAGGGGGCAGCAAAGCUGGGGGAGGAGGAACCAACAAUCGCAUGUCCUCCAACCUGCUGGAGCAGUUUGAACGCCAGCCAGCAGGGCUGCGCCGUGAGGGCUACCACACGCUGCAGUACAAGCGAACGGCUUUGGAACACCAGCGCAGUGACAGUCCUGGUCGCAUCCGCCACCUGGUCCACUCCGUCCAGAAGCUUUUUACCAAGUCCCACUCCCUGGAGGGGCCGUCGGGGGCUGGCGGAGCAGCGGUUGGCAGAUUAAACGGCGGCAAGUCCAGCCCCGACGACCCGCCGUCCUCCUCCGGAACACUGAAGCACAGCAAACGCAGCAAGAGCAAAGACCGCUCCAAGUCGGAGCCUAAGAUGCGCACGGCCAUCUCAGGUUACUGGAGUUCUGACGACACGCUGGACCGGGACGUGUGUCUGUACCACCACCACCACGGAGGAAGCGGCAGAGCGCUGCCCUCUGGUGUCAUGACCAUGGGUCGUCACCCAGAUAAGUCUCAGUCCCAGUACUUCAUGGAGUCGUACAACACCAUCAGCGCCCACACCCUCAAGACGUCACGGAGCAACAACGACGUCAAAUGUUCCACCUGCUCAGGGGGCGGAGCCGGCGGCGGCGGCGUAGUGUUGCCAUUGGUGAGCGCGGUGGACACUGGUCAGGUGCAGCUGAAGAAGAGCUCGUGGUCUUCCACUCUGACGGUGAGCAGAGCCAGGGAGGUCUACCAGAAGGCCUCGGUCAACCUGGACAAGGCUCUGGACAAGGCUCUGGUCAAGGCCGAACAGGGACGCACCUGCCACUUCCUACAGGUGCCCCAGGACGAGUGGAGCGCCUUCUCUCCACUGGGGAAGGAUGACGAAAUCCCCUGUCGGCGGAUGCGCAGCGGCAGCUACAUCAAAGCCAUGGCGGAGGAGCGCUGGAGUGGGGCGGGGACGUGAUCACAGACUCCUCUUCCUCGUGGAUAUUUUUUCAUGUCUGAUUUUCUUCUCUUCUUCUUCUUGUUUUUCAGGAUUUCCACCGAACAUUCUCCCAAGCUGCAGAUCCGGAGCCACAGCUACCUGCGGGCGGUGAGUGAGGUUUCCAUCAAUAGGAGUCUGGACAGCUUGGACCCAGCAGGUCUGCUGGCCUCGCCUAAAUUCCGCUCACGAAACGAGAGCUACAUGAGAGCCAUGAGCACCAUCAGUCAGGUGAGUGAGGUGGAGGUGAACGGGCAGAUCGAGGCGGUGUGUGAGGCGGUGUUCAGUGAGAUGGAGUCUCAGGCCGUGGACGCCCUGGACCUGCCCAUGUCCGGCUGCUUCCGCAUGCGCAGCCACAGCUACGUCCGUGCCAUCGAGAAGGGCUGCUCCAGGGAGGAGGAGGAGGAGGGGGAGGAAGGAGGAGGAGGAGGAGGAGUGGUCGCAGCAGGGAGCAGGAGGAGCAGUUCACCUCCUCGCACCACCACCACCACCGUCAGAACCAUCCAGAGCAGCACAGUGUCAUCAUGCAUCACCACCUACAAGAAGACGCCCCCCCCAGUCCCACCGCGAACCACCCCGUCCAAACCCUUCAUCUCCAUCACAGCCCAGAGCAGCACGGAGUCGGCGCAGGACGCGUACAUGGACGGGGGCUCCGGCCCGCGGACGGGCAUCGUGUCGCAGCCCGGUCUGUCCAACUCCACGGAGAGCAUCGACAGCAUGAAGGCUCUGACCGCAGCCAUAGAGGCGGCCAACGCCCAGGUUCACGGCCCGGCCAGUCAGCACGUCACCAACAGCACCAUCACCAUCACGGCCGCCGCCGCCGCCGCCGUGGCACAUGUGGCCACGGACACCAGGGCUCAGAGGGAAGCUCUCCGCAAGUGCCUCUCCAUCGGAAUCCAGGUGGACCCAGAAGAAGAGUGCCCCCUAGAGGAGCAGUCAAAGUUCCAGUCUGUAGGGAUUCAGGUGGAGGACGAACGAUGUUACCGCAGGAUGACCCGCUCCAACAGCGUGACCACGGCCGUGCAGGCCGACCUCGAUGACCCCGCAGACGCCCCGCAGCUUCAGCCGCGACACUGUGCCACGAUGCCGCGCCAGCACUCCCGUGAUGCUGCUGCGUCCACCGUCAGCAUCCAGGGCUCGGGGAACCACUACCACGCCUGCGCGGCCGAGGACUACGCCCAGGUGGGCUUCGAUCCUUCCAUACUGCCCCCCCCCGACCCCUGGAUGGACAGCAUCACGGAGCCGGAGGCGGACGUUCUGGACAUGGUCGGUCGCUCCGUUUGUCCCCGCGACGGACGCUGGUUCCUCAAGCUGCUGCGGGCCGAGACGGAGCGCAUGGAGGGCUGGUGCCGACAGAUGAAGCAGGACCAGGUGGAGAACCAGCUGUCGGACGAGAUCCUUGGAAAGAUCUGCAGUGCAGUGGGGAGUGCCCAGCUGCUGAUGUCCCAGAAGUUCCAACAGUUCCGGGAGCUGUGUGAGGAGAAUCUGAACCCCAACGCUCACCCCCGGCCCGUCUCCCAGGACCUGGCGGGGUUCUGGGACAUGCUGCAGCUGUCCAUCGAGAACAUCAGCCUGAAGUUUGACGAACUUCACCAACUCAAAGCCAACAACUGGAAACCUCUGAGCCCUCCGGACAUCCAGGAGAGAAGGAUGCCCCCUCCUGUGCCAAAGAAGUCCCACAAGGGCCACCCUCCCCUGGCGAGGGACCGCUCGCUGGAGAGCUCCGAGCGCCACCGUCUGGAGGCUCGCAAGCGCCUGCUAGCUGCCAAACGUGCCGCUUCGGCUCGUCAGAGCUCGGCCACCGAGAGCGCAGACAGUAUUGAGAUCUAUAUUCCCGAGGCUCAAACCAGACUAUGAGACGAACGCCAGUACCUGACGCACUGUCCCUCACGCCGUAGCACUGAAUAGACAAGCUAGGGUGCUAGCAUACUUUUACAAAAUUCUAUUUUUUUGCGGAUCACUGUGGGGUCAGCCAGAUGGGGAGGUGUUCACUCACCUACUGUGUAUUUGCAGUAUUUAUGGAUAUAUUUAUUUAUUGAUUGAUUUAUUUAUCUGCUCUACACCCCGUCUUCUUUCCCUCCACCCAGCUUUGAUGUAGCGCCGCGCUGUUCCUCCAGAAAGUCCCGUCAGCCCUGAACGAAACACUCGUAUAUUAAAGUGAUUUAAGACGUUAGCCUGCUAAGACGUUAGCCAGGUGUAGCACAGUAGCAUAUGCUUGAUGAUAAUGUGUUUCAGGAACUCUGAUGCACAUGUGUGUCCCACAUCCACACGUGUCAUUCUUUGUUGUACCAGUUUUGUAGGAAAACACUCAGUGUGUUUACAUGGCUUUGUUAGCUUGUUUAGCAUGUUAGCCGUGUAUUUACCUCACGGUGAACAAGUUCACGCUAACGAGAGAAAUAAAAGCUGUUUUACGUUGAUAUAAUGUUCGGCACAGGAAGGUGUGUGCACCAGAGUGCUAACAUGUUAGCCCCUGAGUGCUAACAUGUUAGCCCCUGAGUGCUAACAUGUUAGCCUCUGAGUGCUAACAUGUUAGCCUCUGGGGACCAGGCCGUUGGUGUAUGUAUUUGUGCGGGGCAACAAUUCAAUUUUAACUACGAUUAAUCUAAACAAUAGUGGUGUAUUACAGCUCCAAGACAGAACUGAUCAGAACUGUAGGUACAGAGUCAGUGAGCAGCAGACUCUAAAAUAAUAAUAAUAAUAAUGAUGAUAAUAAUAAUAAUGAUGAUUAUUAUUAUUAUUGUUGUUGUUGUUGUUGUGGAUAUUAAGGCGUUAGUGAGUGAACCUGUUUCCACCCAGUCCUGCUCUGAUUGGUUCAGAGUCAGGGUUAGUCUGACUCAGUAGCAGUGACAUCAUCAUGUAAACACACUGACAGAUUCCAUGAUUCCAAGUGCAGCCUCUGUAGCCUCUGGGUGGAUGUGGAUGUGAACCCACAGAUCAGCAGCACUGGGUCCAAGUUUUAGAGUCAAAGAUCUGAGUCUGGAAUCAGUGACUGAACCACAGACCAGGAAAUUAUGGUCUGUGUCUCCGACUCACCUCCAGCCAUC